UAUAUACGUGGGAUUCUAUGAAUAUCUUUACUUAUUGGCCGUUAAGGAAAGUGGUCAACAUGUGGUCAAGUGUCAUAUUGGGCUUAUUUGUGGGCAUAACCCUAGCUUCAAACACCCCAGGAUGGAAAGAUAAUACCGAAUACGUCUAUAAAGUACGCGGUCGCACUUUAACAGCUAUCGAAGAAAUCUCCAAACAUCACUCUGGUAUCUUCCUGAAAGCCACCAUUAGAAUCCAAACUAGACCCGAUGGAAAAAUUCAAGGAGUCAUCUCCGAACCGGAAUACAGCCAGAUCCACUCGCAGUUACCCGAGUGCUGGAAAACUCACAUCCCUGACUCAGAACUCACCUGGAAACCCCUGGAUCUCAGCGGUAAACCUUUCCAGGCUGAGCUGAAGUAUGGAGUUAUCACUGACCUCAUCGUCAGUGAAGACGUUCCUAACUGGGAAGCCAACAUUCUCAAGGGUAUCAUGAGCCAGUUCCAACUGAACACCAAAGAAGCCAUCUCCGAAUCUUCCCAGUCCAAAAACCGGUUCGAACCAACGGUAUUCAGUGUGAUGGAAGACACAAUCACUGGCAACAGUGACACCUUGUACGAGGUCAAAAUUAAACCUAGAUUCAUGUUCGAGUCGAGACCUUGGGAAAUCCGCAUGCUACAGAAGGACGGAGACAUUAUAGAAAUCGUGAAGGACAAGGACUUCAACAACAGCAUUGAACUACCCUCGUACUUCUACGGUUUCGCUAGGUUAGACAACUCGAACCCAGCUACCAACCAGAUGGGAGAAUUCUUCAUUAGGCACUCCAUCAGUCGUGCUGUUCUCACAGGAAACCCGGACAGAUACAUGCUCCAUAAUUCCUACACCGUCAACGAAAUCAUGGUCAACCCCACUUUGAACGACAAUAAGAAAGCUUCUGUAGUGAGUGUGAUGAACGUCACCCUGGAGGAAGUUAGAUCUCACUUUGAAAUUCUUGAGGAAGUGGCCGACCCUGUACGUCUCGGCAAUUUGGUGUACGCUUACGAAAAACCAUUUACACAGUCAGAAGUCCGUGAGAAACGGCCAUACAAUCUGUUCUCUGAUGAACCAGAGUAUAGCACUAAAGUUAGGGCACCGACGAGAAGGCUCAUCCGUUCCAUCUACGAGGACAGCCAGGAUUUCUCAGAAGAAUCCUACAAACAAGACGAACCCUCCAUGAGGCAGCCACCUGAGAGCCCUUUCUUGCCUUUCACUACGGGAUUCAAAGGAAAGUCCAUCAAAUACAGGAUUGACAUCGUCUACAGCGUGCAGGAGUUAGCACGACAAAUUGCCAGGGAAAUGGAAGAUGUGAAAAAGAUGAUUGAAAAGAGCUCUACCAGCAAAUUCGUCACACUGGCUUCCCUCAUUCGUAUCAUGAACGAAGAUGAACUUAAGAAAACUGUUAACGCUUUGUACACCAACGUUGAAGAAGGACUGAAACGUGAUACCUGGGUUGUCUUCCUCCAUGCCGUAGCAGAAGCAGGAACCGCACCAGCGUUCCUUACUAUCCAGAGCUUAAUUAAAUCUGAUAAAAUCCAAGGAAGCCAAGCAAGUCAUGUUGUGAGCACCAUGGGCAAGUCCGUUCGUACGCCAUCUUCUCAGUAUAUGAAGGCUUACUUCGAGCUGAUUAAGAGCCCAAAAGUUCGGGACCAAUCACCAUUGAACGCUACAGCAAUCUUGAGUUACACUGAUUUGGUGCGCAAAGUCUACUUCGAUGAGGCCUACUACAGAAAGCAGUUCCCGCAGAAGAGCUUUGUUGGUUUCCACAAUAAAGAAGGUAUCCGUUACAUCAGGGAGACCGUGAUUCCUUAUCUAACCAAGCAGUUGCACGAAUCCAUCGAAAAAGCCGAUACCGAGAAGAUUCACACUUACAUCCGCGCUCUUGGAAACGUAGCAGAUCUGAAAAUUUUAGAAGCUUUCAAAGACUACCUGGAAGGCAAGAAGCAGGCUUCUCAGUUCCAAAGACUUUUGAUGGUGGUGGCUUUGGACGAGCUGGUGAAACUUCAUCCUAGAGAAAUUUCCCAAGUCCUUUUCUCGAUCUACUCGAAUUUGGGGGAGACCAAGGAACUGCGAACCGCUGCAGCUUACCUGAUCAUUAAUCGAGAUAUCACGGUAGAGGCUCUCGAACAUAUGGCGGCUUAUACAAGGAUUGAUACCAACGAUUAUGUGAAUGCGGCUGUCAAAGCAUCGAUCUUGAGAGCGGCCGAACUGAAAGAUCCAGAAUUCCAUAAUCUUCGCAAAGCUGCCAUUGCCGCUAAACCUCUUCUCACAAAAAAAGCCUACGGUAUGCAGUUCGGAGCCGAUUAUCUGGAAACCCACUUCAUAGAAAAACUCAAUAUAAAAUACAAAAACCUGCUGAGGACCUUCGGUAGUGAGGACAGCUUUUUCCCUAAGGGUUUCGAAUAUGGUUUGCAUUCAAAAUCGGGAGAGCUUAAAUACGAUCACGUUCAUAUUCAGGCCAUGCUCACCAGCAUCAAACAGCUCAUUCGUGUAGGAAGGGAACAGACUUCGAAAUACCAAGAAAUGAAAAGAAAACAAGAGGAAAGGGCUGAAGAACAACACCAGUAUCCUUGGUCCAGUCAGAACAUCGCUGGCUUGCUGAAUAUGAAGCCUGAAGUACGUGAACAACUCGAAGGUGUUGUGUACUCCAAAGAAAUGGGAUCCGUUUUCAGGAUGCUAUCGUUUGACAACAGCACCGUAGAAAAAAUUCCAGAACUGAUCCGAAAGGUCGAAGAAGAGCUGGAAAAGGGAAAAAAAUUCAACUACCUCCGACUCACCAACAGAGGAGACAUGGCACUAUCCUUCCCCACAGAAAUGGGUCUCCCCUUCCAUUUCACUUACGAUGUCCCCACGAUCAUCCAAUCCAAAGGCAAAGUACAAGCCGAAGCGUCUCCCAAAUUCUCGAAGGAAGGCAAGAUAAACCUCCCGGACAACGUGAAUAUCAAUUUCGAUAUUUACUUCGCAUACACGUCUAAGGUCCAAGGUAUAAUUUCGUUCACCACUCCCUUCGAUCACCAGCAAUACUCGUCAGGAUUUGAAAAACACUGGCAGGUACACUUCCUACUGAAGUCCCGCAUAGAUAUCGACGUGAAGAAUCAGAAGGCGGAAAUUAACAUUGAAGAGGUGUUGCCACGAAGACAGAUACAAAUGUUCCACUACAGUGUCUUGCCAUACACCUGCAAGAACGACAUCAUGAAUUUCGAUCACUCGCAGGCUAACACCCACAUCUUAGUACCACCAAGACUCAACAGGUUCGACGAGAUCCAACUGAAAAAGCAAACUGGAUAUGCUAUCAGGUGGAUGAUGGACCAUGAAAUUCAAAAUGUUGAUAGCAUAAAUCUUGGAAAGCUUCUCGUAAAGGAAGGUCCCUUCAUCGCCCUUCUGGGUCUGUGGGAUGACGCCAAUGUUCAGUACGGCAGACGAAACGUCACCUACUAUCCAGAAGAAUCGACCACUGAGAGGUUGCAGAUCAAGCUGGGAUACAAACAGCAGUACUUCGAAAAACUAGAACACUUCCGUAACAUGAACAAAGACAACAUGAUCGAAGAGGUUAGUGCUGGCAUCAACAACGUCAAAGUCGACUCUGUGAACAUAUCAUUCCAUUUCCACGGCGAAAAGAACAUCAAGUAUGAUAUCAGUGGGGCUUUUGCCAAGAGCAACGUCCAUCCCCAGUCGCGUCUGGCGGUUAGUUACACCAGGUCUGGAGAUAGCGAGGAGGCGAAGCCUUACGAAGCUAGGUUAAAAGCUGAAAGCCUUAUUCCCAAUACAGGAGCAAUCGACUUGAACGAUGCUUUGGAGACCGACCCAGCAAUAGUUUCCAACCUGAAGCUGAGUUUCGGAGCACCAGAUGAGGAGGUUUCCAAAAUCGAAACUGAAUUUUACUUCCGUAGAUCUGAGGAACGAAAACACUACUUGAAACAGCUUUCCAUGUACAGGCGAUGCAAAGACGAAAUGAGAGACGGAAACAAACAACUACCUACAUGCGUCAAUAUGACCAUGGAGGCCAACCUCCUCGAUCACGUUAAGGUUCAUGUGAACCACCAGAAUUUGCCGCGAAGCAUGACCAAUGUGUUUGAAACUAUCUUCAGCUAUAUUAAAGUCAGGUCUUUGUUGACUAAGAGUGAAUUUGAACCUGUUGAGAAGCAUUCGUCCCCCAAGCAGCUGAUCAUGGAAGCACGGUUCCACCCGGACUUGCGAUUUGUCAAUAUUAGUGUGGAGUCUAAGAACGAAAGGUCUCUCAUUCCCGACCUCCCUGUAGGAUAUAUGACUAGACGUGUAUUCGUAGCGCAUCCAGUAUUCCAUUUGAAGAAUAGAGUCAUGAGUGGAUUACUUGCAUUGAAGACGUUCAGACCCUUCUGCGCUGUUGAUAAAACCUAUGUUGGCGAUCAUCUCAAUUACACGUAUCCUGCUGAUAUCUCCAAACACUGGACCGUCAUGUUCCAAUACGUUCCUAGGGAAGCGACUCACAACCCACAAGAAUACGUAGAGGAGCAACUUGCAUCUGAAAUCGAAAACUGUGUUGUCCUGGUCCGCAAAAAUCCCGAAUCCGAAAAUAAAAAGGAUGUGAAAGUUGUCAUGAGCUUCCCAGAAACUGAUUUCAAGCCAGUCGACAUCACAAUGACACCCAAGCCACAGGUGACCUCGGGACCAAAAGCAACAGUCACAGUGAACGGCGUCGAAAUCGAGAUCAGUGAAGACAAGAGUCACGAUAUUGAAGAUGGCUUCAUCCAGAUCUACGCCCUACCCGGAGGAGAAGUCAAAAUGGAAGUGAAUGGAUACUUCUACGUGAUUUACGAUGGGGAGCGUAUCAGAGCAAGUGGAACCAACGGCUAUGGGAGAAAUGACGUCCGAGGAUUGUGCGGUCAGUUCAACGACCAAAUCUACGAAAAUAAGUUCACUCCACAGAAUUGUAUUACGCUCGACUCCCAAAAGUUCGUGCUGGGCUAUGAAGUUGAAGGUCCCAAAGGUCAGGCUAUCAGGAAGCUGUUUGCUAAAGAUCCCAAGCAGUGCAUCCGAAAAGAAAAUCCUGUAUACGUAGAGGUUAUUCCAAAAUCCAUCUGGAAGAAUGAGUAUUCUAGUGAGGAGUCCCAAUUCUCGCAGACGAAGUACGUUUACGAAGACGGCAAGAUCUGCUUCACGAUAAAACCGGUGGUGUCUUGCAGACGGGGACACCAGGCGCAGGGGUACAUCACCAAGAGCGUACCAGUUCACUGCGUGGCCAAGAGCAAUGUUGCUCAGUUGUGGAAGACGCAAAUCGACAAGGGGUCCAGUCCAGACUUCAGCCACAAGGAGGAGAACAAGCGGGUUCAAAUGCAGAUACCACAGAGUUGUUCCAAGUGAUAUUAUAGCAUUCAAUCUUCAUGAAGGUUUACGAGUAUCCUGAAAAUGUAAAAAAUAAUGUUUCAAAGGAAAUUAAUUAUAAUUAUGAAUAUAU